AAAGGCCUAACGCGUCGCCUGCACCAUCAACUCUUUUGUCACCCAUUUCACAAAACCUUGUCCAGCUACCAUGCAGCGCAUCCUUUCUCGUGUCAAACUAGGCGCAGCAAAGUGCUCACGAUUACUGUCUUCCGUGUCCGUCCGCUCAACUCUAUCGUAUAAUAUUCACGUUCGCUUGUCAACAACCAGUGGACGCUCUCCACCACCAGCCCCAACAAAGCCGUCUCCUUUCCUCACAGCCCGAAACGCAGCAAAAUUGGGGGUGCUAACUGCAUGCGCCGGUGUUAUGUAUUAUGUUACUAGGCCAAACUCUAGCCAAACGGCAGAGAAGACAUCCAGUCAAGUACAUGGAGAACAGUUAACAGAGCAGCAAAUAAAUAGCAUCUUGAAGGCAAACGAACAGAGCUUUGCGGUAGAUAUGAAAACACUAUUUGCGGCAGACAUAAGUGACAGCGAAGCAGGCCAUAAAGGCUUACGAAAGUGGAUUCCUGCUGGUAAAGGACGAGAAUCAGUGGAGCUCCCGGUCACAAUGACGCCCGUUAUUGCCUACCACUUGAACCAGGUCGCAAGCAACCAGCCUAUCGAAGACUACCACAGUGAGCACCGUCACAGAAAUGGAGUGAUAUUGGGGGUUUUUGACGGGCACAGCGGCACAGAAUGUGCUGAUGUUCUUUCUAAAUACCUGGGGGUCUACGUCGCCAAAGCCAUAUCCGAGCUCCCAGCCUGCAACGAGACGCCCGAGCGAAAGAAGCAUGUCACCCACGCCCUCAAAACUGCCUUCAAUCGCAUGGAUGCCGAUAUCACCAACGGAGGCAUCGAUCCUGACCCGUCGGUUCCGCAAAACGAAAGGAUCCAAGCGGCGCUUCGGCCUGCCAUUGCGGGUUCCUGUGCCAUUGUUGCCUACAUGGAGGGACGUGAUUUGUACAUCGCUUGUACCGGCGACAGUAGAGCUGUGGUCGGGCGGCGACGAGGUGAUGGUAGCUUCGAGGCAGUUCCGCUAAGCGAAGAUCAAACGACCGCAAAUCCAGCGGAACAUGCAAGGCUAUUGGAGGAACAUCCUCAUGAACGCGACACUGUUAUUGUUCGCGGACGCGUGUUGGGAGGACUGAUGCCAACGAGGGCGUUUGGCGACUCCCGAUACAAGUGGCCAGCAGAAGACCAGCAAGCACUUCGCGUUCGCCAACAUCGGGCGAACUACCAUACUCCACCUUAUGUUACAGCUGAACCCGAAGUAACUCACUACGAGAUUGAUCCUACUGCGGACAAAUUUCUGAUUCUCGCAACGGACGGAAUUUGGGACCGAUUGAGCAACGAGCAGAGUGUUGAACUUGUCGCGGGUUAUAUGCAACGUCACGCCUUGGUUCCCGAUGCUCCAACUGUGGGUGCAAGCCUUUUGGAAGAGGCUACCCGAGCCGGGGACCAAUGGUCUUGGAUCGAUGAUAAUGCUGCUACGCACCUAAUUCGGAACGCCUUAGGAAGAGGGAAUCCGUUCAUGAUAUCUACAUUGUUAAAAAUCCAGCCACCGCAUAGCAGGCGCUUCCGCGAUGAUAUGACAGCCAACGUUGUCUUCUUUGGGGCAUCCGAGCCGGCAGAGCAGGUAGGUGAACGUUUUGCCGCUCUUGGAUCUGUAGAGCGGAAAGCCUUUCAGGACGUGGACCUGAGUAGAGCCGAGCCGAAGCGCCAUAGAUUACGGUUGUGGGUCCAGGCCCUUCAGUCCCAACAGUCGACUGCGGGUAAAACUAGCAUGGCUGCCAGCAAAUUGUAAAUAGGUAUACGGAAUUAGAUGGGAUAAUACAUAGUCAAACACGCGCUCAUUAAUCCUCAGCGAUGAAAUCUGUUUGUCACUUCUGUAAAAGAGUUGGUAGGUCAC